AUGAAACUCGUAAGAAAUAGAAGAUCAUUUGAUAAUAGUGAAACAGUGGGCAUAGUGCUCAUUAUAGGUUUAGAAAUGGUUGACGUAGUUGAUACAGUAAAUGCGAGAGUUUUGGGAACUGUGGAUAAAGAGGAUACAGUGGACACAGUGAGUUCAACGGAUGUAGAGGAAACAGAGGAUACAGAGGAUUCAGUGGAUCUAGAGGUUGUAGUGUUUCUACCUAAUGUAGAGGAUACAGAGGAUAUAGAGGAUGCAUUGGGUACAGUGGAUACAGAGGAUGCAGUGUUUUUACAUAAUGUAGAGGAUACAGAGGAUGCAGUGGAUACAGUGGAUACAGAGGAUGCAGUGUUUCUACAUAAUGUAGAAGAUACAGAGGAUGCAGUGGAUACAGUGGAUACAGAGGAUGCAGAGGAUAUAGCAUUUCUUCGCGAUACAGAGGGUUCAGUGAAUACGGUCUUACUAUAUGAUGCAGAGGAUACGGCGGAUGUACUGUUAUUGUAUGAUGCAGAGGAUACAGCGGAUAUGAUGUUUCUAUAUGAUGCAGAGGAUACAGUGUUUUUACGUGAUGCAGAGGAUUCAGUGGAUACGGUGUUUUUAUGUGAUGCAGUGGAUACGGCGGAUGUAGCUUUUUUAUAUGAUGCAGAGGAUACAGUGUUUUUACGUGAUACAGAGGAUUCAGUGGAUGUAGUGUUAUUACAUGAUGCAGAGGAAACAGUGUUUUUAUAUGAUGCAGCGGGUACAGCGUUUCUGUGUGGUACAGAGGAUUCAGUGGAUACAGCGUUAAUAAAUUUGGUAUCGGCUUUGAAAUUAUUAUUUUUAUUUCCCGGGCGAUACCAUUCGGGAAACCGAUUUAGUUUAAAUUACCUUGGGAGGUAUAUUCGUCACUAUUAUCCUGUAUUAUUUGAGGAAAAGUUUGGUCUCGAGAAACGAUUAGGUGUUGAAUUAGGACGUGGUAUGUUGUUAUGUUUUUUAUUUGUCAUCCCCAAUAUCUUUUCUUCUGCUAUCGCGAAAGCAAUUGCUUCCGAAAGCGUUGAUGGGUCCUUGCAUCUCACUAUUGUGGAGAGUUGUGGCUGA